UGUGUCAUUGACUAAUGCUGCACCACUACCGCGCCUUGGAAACGCAAGUUUUUUUCAUCGCGUAAAACAUAUUCUCCCUCUUUUUCGAUUUAUCCGUCUUUGAAAGCCUUUAGAUCACACUCCCUUUUCCCCUUCAAAUUCACACCUAGAAGAUCGAAUAACAGUAAUGGGGCUGCUCUCCAACAGAAUCGAUAGGAGCAGCCUCAAACAAGGGGAUCACAUAUAUUCAUGGCGCACGGCGUAUGUGUAUGCUCACCAUGGCAUCUACAUCGGUGACAAUAAAGUCAUACACUUCACUAGACGCGGUCAGGAAGUUGGCACGGGCACCGUACUCGACCUCCUACUAAUCAGCUCGGGCCCUUCCCGGGCCCACACCCCAUGCCCGACCUGCACUCCGGUCGAGGAAGGCCACGGGGUCGUCUCCUCAUGCCUCGACUGCUUCUUGGCCGGCGGCAUUCUGUACCGAUUCGAAUACGCCGUCAGCCCGGCCCACUUCCUUGCCAAGGCCCGUGGCGGCACCUGCACACUGGCCAUCUCUGACGACAAUCGCACAGUGGUCCACCGGGCCCGAUACCUGCUCGACAACGGGUUUGGGUGCUACAACGUGUUCAAGAACAACUGUGAGGACUUUGCCAUCUACUGCAAGACGGGCCUGAUAGUGCUGGACCAGACCACGAUGGGCCAAAGUGGGCAGGCCGUGUCCAUCAUUGGCGGGCCUCUAGCGGCUGUUUUGUCCACUCCACUGCGCUUUGUGACGAAUAAUGUGUAUGGAAUGGCGGCCACGGCAGUCGCGACGUAUUGCGCGAGCCGGUAUGCGGCGGAUAUAGGGAUGAGGAGGGAUGUGGUGAAGGUUCGUGUGGAGGAUCUCAUGAUGAGGGUGGGGACAGGUAUGCUUCGGGUUCUUGAGCCUACUCGUUAGAAUUUGAUCUCUUGUGUUUGUUUGAUAUGAUAUUGUAUGAUCUGUCAUGAAAAACUGUGCGUGCGAACGCAUGUGUUAAUAUGUAAUGUACUGAAGUUUGUUCGGCUUAAAAAGGAGCUUGAUGUAGACCAAUGUGUUGUUUGUUGAAGAGUGUGUUCGCUUGCAAGAAGCUUACUGCGUGUGGUACAUGUUUUCUUGAUUGAUUGCUGCCAUUUUGAGAAAUAUUCAGUCAAGCUGAUUGUGUAGUUUGUAAACUUUUUGUGCACUUCAAACCCAUAAAUUUAGAAAAUGUUCCUUGAAUGGAAAGCUAUG